AUGGAGUAUAACUUAGAUAGACCAUUACAGUGGUUGGUAUGCCUUCUACACUGUAACGAGCUGCCAUUUAAAAGGUUUUUGCCAGGCAUGGAUUUUGCUCGAACUGCAGGACCUUCCACAUCGACAGGUACAAUUAGCUCAGCUCUAGAAUAUGAUCCGAAUGAAUUGCCUGUCGUUAAUUAUUUUCCAAUUACUGGUAAAGUGACUGAUUGUGAUGAAGCUGUCAAGAAGGAUCUUAGCACAGACCAACUGUACUUUUUGAAAGCAUGUCUAGCAGUAGAGCGUGGACGUCAGGCUUCUACAGAUAUUGAUUUCCUUGAGAAGAGUUUACCUGGAAAUAUAAUUCAUGCUCGAUGGUUGACGAAAGCCAACAGGAUUUUGCGUCUCUGCAUGUCUAGAGAAGUGGCAUCUGAACAUCUCAGAAGAGUAACGCAUUUCAUUUUGAACUUUUACGGACCCUUUUGGUUUAAAAUUAAAUCAAAUUCUUCUUGCCAAAAUGGUGCUAACAACUUCUUUUACUUAGUUCAGUUGUUUCAGGAACUUGAUGCAUUAGAUCAGGCUGUGACGAACAGACAAAGAGACAUAGAGACGCAGAAAUGCUUACAAAGUAGAAAUGCAUUUUUCAUGUUUUAUGAUUUCGAACAGCUUGAAAACAAUGAUUUUAUUGAUAACAAAAUGGUUUAG